CACACACACAAAACCAAAACCCAACCCAACCCUCUUGUAAUAACAUCAUUCAUGGUAAUGGGUCAUCACUCUUGCUGCAAUCAACAGAAGGUGAAGAGAGGGCUUUGGUCUCCAGAGGAAGAUGAGAAGCUCAUUCGAUACAUCACUACUCAUGGUUAUGGCUGUUGGAGUGAAGUCCCUGAAAAAGCUGGGCUUCAAAGAUGUGGGAAGAGUUGUCGGUUGCGAUGGAUUAACUAUUUGAGACCAGAUAUCAGAAGAGGACGGUUUACUCCUGAAGAAGAAAAGCUCAUUAUUAGUCUUCAUGGUGUCGUUGGCAACAGAUGGGCACAUAUUGCAAGUCACUUGCCUGGAAGAACAGAUAAUGAGAUAAAGAACUACUGGAAUUCAUGGAUCAAAAAGAAGAUUCGAAAGCCAUCGAAUUCCACAGCUUCAAUAUCCUCCGCCACCACAACCAUCACCACGUCUACUACCACUCCUAACCAUCAGCAUUCGAACCUAAAUUAUGCCCCGAACCAACUAGACGUUGUAAAUCAAGAUUUAACAACAACAACGACAAGGCCAUCUGCACCGGUUCAUCAAGAAACCCUAUUAUUUUCCACUACUCCUCCUCCCCUUUCAGCACCCUUAUUCAUGUUCGACACUACAACUCAACUUGAUUGUAUCAUUGACACCAAUUUCCUGCGACGAGAAUUGUCGCUGCACGAGCAGGAAAGCUUGACAUCUGGAGAUAUAUGGAAUAAUCAUUCCUCAAACGUCCAUCAAGCACAGCCUCCUCCAAUGCCUUUUACGACGAUCGGAAUGGAUUCGAAUCAUAGUUACAUGCCACCAUUGAUAGAGAGUAUGGAAGCUAUGGUGCCAAUUGAAAUGCAAUCAUGCAGUAUAGAUCCUGAUCAGGAAAGAGAGAUGGGAUUGGAUUGCUUAGAAAUGCAUGACCAUGAGUUGAUGAACGAGUGGGUUGAUUCUCAACAUUAUUCGAAUAAUUUUCUGUUUCGGGAUGAUGAGAAUAUUGGUCAAGGACAAGUCCUUGGUGGUGGAGGAGUUGAAGAUCAGAUUGCAGCACCAGCUCCAUCAAAUAAUAUUGGAGAUACUACACAAUUCUCUUCUUUUCCUUCAUCUCUAUAAUAUAUAAGAUAUCUAUAUCUAUAUAUUUAUAUUUGUGGUGGUGAAAAUAAGGGUUUGAUUUAUCUUAACUUAGAGAGAGAGAGAGUGAUUUGAAAAUGGUCCUUGAGGGUUGGUAGGACGUACGGCUUGCUUGUUUUAAUUAAUUUUUCUUUUCAUUGUUAACUUCUCACUUGACAGAUUUGUGAGGGCUUGUAACACAAAGUGUGCACGUGCGGUUUUAAUUUGUUUUUUGUUUGGCAACAAAACAUAAAGCAAUAAAAUAUGAAAAAAAAAAAUUAG